GUACACGUAUGGGCUGCCGCUCGAGUCGCUGAGCUACCUGCACGUUGCGCUCGCAAUCAUGAGUGGUUUGUGUACCGUACGUGUAUUAUCUCGCGAUGUGUAAUACUAUUCUGAGAAUCACAUUCAUAACAACAAUACAUCCGACAGGAGUAAGUAGGGGCCUACUCUACCAUGUUGCAGCAAGACGUCAACUAACUGUUCUCCUUUGUUUAAUUUCUCAUCUCACAACCGAGACAUGAUUAUCGAGUGGCCGAUUGCAGUAUCUUAAAUCAUUCUUUGUGAAGACCAUCAAGUUGAAUCUAAAGUCACACAGAUAUGGACAUUCAUGGCGUACGUGACAAAAGUGGGCUCGGGAAAGCGACAGUUCAGGAGGCGAGGCAAGAGGCCGUUUCGAGUCCUCCGGCACCUUCAGAAGCUGCUUGUGCCAUUGAAUUAUGUUCAGUUAUGAGUCAAUUGUCAUGUUCUCGUUGUAAAGAUGUAUGUUAUUGUUCCAAAGAACAUAUGGAAAGUGAUUUGCAAAGUCAUAAAAAGGUAUGUAGAUCAGCUGUAGGAGAUCAAAUAUCUAAAGCCAGCAGUAACCAAAGUAUGAAAGCAAGUUUGCCAAGUCUUCGUAAUCUUCGCAAACACUCAACAGGUGACAGUAAGCCAAGCUUAAGGUAUUACGAGAGCUCGUCAUCGUCAUCUAUGUCGUCAACGUCGUCAUCUUCGUCUUUCUCAUCUCUGUCGGUGUCAAGGGAUCUGCAGAGUUUAGGACUGAUGUCCAGUGGCUCGCUCAGCAGUCUAUCAGAUGUGAACGACAGUCAGUUUGAGCAAGAGAACGAGCAAUCAACAUCAACAGGAUCGUUUCGACGCACCACAUCAUGUGGACGCGGGCUCAAACCUUUGUCGGAACUUGGAGAAAUGCAAGACAUCGACGAGUUCAACACGGAAGGCUACAGGAGCACCGUUCCUUCUGUUUCAUUCAUUCUUGGUCCGCCUCAGAACACUGGCAGCAGUGACUCAAACGUGAUCACCUCACCUACGCCGUUUUCGGUUGGUGUCGCCCCUCAGUUGAAGUUCCCCACAAAUGCAGACAAUGGCGACCAAAUCAAUGCCCCUGUCAAUGUGAACUUGUCACCGUUGGUCAGGUACAUUGUGAAAAACAUGAUGGACAAAGGUAUCUGUGUGGUUGAUAAGUUUCUGAAUGAAUCCCUUGGAGACGAGAUCUUGAAGGAGGUGAAGGCCCUUCACCAAGAUGGCAACCUGACGGAUGGACAGCUUGUGUACAGCCAGGAGCAUACAUCCAGUAAAGAGAUCCGAGGGGAUAAGAUUGCGUGGAAAGAUGGAACGGAGGAAGGAUGCUCCAGUAUUGGACACCUCAUCUCGAAGAUGGAUGCAAUCAUCAUGCAGUGUCAGGGCCAUCUUGGAAAGCUUGUCAUCAAUGGGCGGACAAAGGUGAGCACAGCAGACUUGAACUUUCCCAAUCUUAGUAUUGUAGGAACCAUUGAAUGAUUUUUUUUUUUUUUGGGGGGGGGGGGGCUUAGUACAAAGGGCCCUUUCCUCUCUAUGCACUAAACUCUGCAAUCCAAGAAAAAAUGAAAGAUUUAAAGAGGAGAAUGAACCCGGCAUUGGAACAAAUAGCUUGUGAGG